AUGUCGAAUUUCAACAUAGCUGGGGGCCGGCGGGGCGGUUUCCUGCUCCUCCGGUUCCUUCUCCCCGUGCUGCUCCUAUUCGCCGUCUGGCAAUCGGGCGUCCUGCGCAUGGGAAAACGCACGGCCACAGCUGUCCUAGUUCGGGGUGAUGAGGCGCAGGCACAGGGUACCGAAACGAUGGCAGCAGCGCAGGACACAGCGGACGCCCAGGGCGGCGGCGGCGGCGGCGGCGAGGAGGGCGGUACGUCUCUCUGGGUGGAUGCGUGGGCCAGUGGUGACGGCCCCACCCUGUCCAAGGCCGAGAUAGAUGAGCGCUGCGCGGGCACCAAGGCCAACUGGUGCCGCGGCUACUUCCUGCAGCCGCCCAUACCCGCCAAGCCGCCGCCCCGCGGCAACAAGACGUGCCUGUGGGGGUGCAAUUUUGUGGGCGUGUGUGACCACUAUAGCGGCUGGUGCCGCUGCCCGGCCGGCUGGACGGGCGACCACUGCAGCACGCGCAUGCGGCGGCCAUGCAGCCAGGUGCAGCGGCAGGUGGGUUCCUUUGAGCCCCACAGCGCCCCGCUGGACUACUCCCUGCCCGGCAUUGUGAUCAACUCGCGCUGCGCCCAGCUGUGUGAUGAAGACAUAGGCUACUGCUUCUGCAACUCCACCAUGAAGUAUGGGCACGAGCUGGCGCCACCUGACGCCCCGCCAGGCACCCCGCCCACACGGCGUGGCCGGCCGCUGGGCUUCCACUGCCAGCCCAACAAAGGCCCCCAGGGUCAGGGCCUGCCCUUUGGGUGGGGAGACAAGGACCCUCAAGAUCUGUGGGGGCCCGAGGGCUGGUGCAACGCCGACAACCCCGCCCUCAAGUGCCCCUGCAUCCUGGAUGGCUAUGCUGGGGAGAACUGCGACCAGUACAAGGAAGCCUUCUGCGCCAACCAGUGCAAUGGCCACGGCGAGUGCAACAUGGGCUUCUGCAAGUGUCACGAGGGCUGGUGGGGCCAGGACUGCGCGUACCGCACAAAUGACACCGAGUGGACCCCUGGCUACGAGGAUGGGGACCGGCCCUGGACCAAGCAGUUUGUGGACACGCCCGCCUCCAGAGACCCGGAGCCGGGCGCCACCCGCCUGCGCCCGCUCAUCUACGUGUAUGAGCUGCCGCCCAUUUUCAACCAGGUACUGCUGCAGUACCGAGUGGACCAUGGCUCCUGCGUGCACCGCCUUUUCACCGACGGCAACGGCACAAAUUGGGAGGACAGCGGGGGCUACCUGGCGGAGACGGGCCUGCACGAGGCGUUGCUGCAGAGCAAGCACCGCACUCUGGAUCCGGAGGAGGCAGAUUAUUUCUACAUCCCAGUCUACUCAUCAUGCUACAUGUAUCCAAUCCACGGGUUUGCGGACACGCCAUUUUUUCACGCGUUCCACAAGAUCCCGCGGGUGCAUGCCACCACCAACAUGCUCAUAGAGGUCUACCACUGGCUGCGGGCGCACCACCCGUACUGGGACCGCAGCGGCGGCAGGGACCACAUCAUCCUCCAGUCCCACGACGAGGGCUCCUGCUGGCUGCCCGCCGUGCUGCGCCCGGCCACCAUGCUGACCCACUGGGGGCGCAUGGACCUGGGGCACACCAGCAGUACAGGGUACAUCGACGACGUGUACAGCAGGCCCGCGCGCCACCCCAUCUACAUGCCAGAGGGCACCGAAGGCAAGCUGGGCGACUUCCCCUGCUAUGACCCGGCCAAGGACCUCGUGGUGCCGCCCAUGACCAGCCCACUCAAGUAUGAGCUCUCUCCACUGGUGGGAGCCUUCACCCGCAACCGAACCACUCUUGCCUUCUUCAAGGGGCGCACGCAGCAGAACAACAAGCCCUACAGCCGCGGCAUCCGGCAAACGCUGGAGAACCUCUGCAGAGACAAGGACUGGUGGGGCAAGUUUAAGAUUUGGAUAGGGGAGGGGAACCCGCCAGAUAUGGACCGCACCUACAGCCAGCUGCUGGCCUCCUCCACCUUCUGCUUUGUGCUGCCGGGCGACGGCUUCUCGCCACGCUUUGAGGAUGCGGUGCAGCACGGCUGCCUCCCCGUAAUCAUCCAAGACGAGGUCCACCUCGCCUUCGAGAGCAUCAUCGAUUACCGCAAGUUUGUGGUGCGCAUCCAGCAGAAGGACAUGGAGCGGGUGCCCGAGAUUCUGGGCGCCAUCCCGCCCGAGAAGGUCCAGACGAUGCAAAAGGCGCUGGCGACGGUGUGGCGCAAGUGGAGCUACACGGGGUACCGGCCGUAUGCAAACGUGACCUUGGACCUUCUGGAGGGGUAUCGGCGCAAGGUGCCCGAGGACCAGCAGCCACAGUCGCUGCCGGCCCCGGAGCGCGAGUACGACCCUCUCGUGGGGGAUGCUUUGGAGGUGGGUAAUCUACUCUUGGUUGUACUGGAGGAUACCAUACACGCGAGGACCGCCCGAGGGCGAGGAUGA